GUUAAAAGGAUAACUUUAAAUAUUAUUAAAUUAAAGAUUUAAAUGUUUUAAUUUUGAAAAAUAAAUUAAAAGUACAAAAUUGAAUUAUUAUUCCCUCUUCUCUAAAAGAGGAAAGGGAAAGAACAGUAUUUUUCUCUUUUGUUACUGAGGAUAAUAGUAGUAGUGGAAUCACAGAAGGGGAGAGACCAACAGAGUGAGCAUACUAGCCAGCAACAAACCCACAUGGAAUUUGUGGGGAUCAGACAAAACUUAAGAAAUCAUACAUGGGCAUUCCCAGAUCUCUAGGAUCUUACAAGUUCAGGUCUGCUUGUUUCUCAAGAAAAUUCUCUUAUUUUUUAGCUGAUGGUUUUUCUCAGUUCUUUUUGAUUCACAUAUUCAGUGUGCCCCAGCUGGAUGCUAAGUAAAAUGGUGAAUUUUGGUUCCAGUUGAAAAUAUUUAUCUGGUUUCUGCAAAGUUAAGAAGGCAAGAAGGGUACAGUGUUCUUUUUAUGGAAAUGGUGGUGGCUUUUUGCUGUACGUGGUUCUGAUUCUGGAGGGAGCUUUUUAUUUGGAUAAGGUAACAUGCCAUCCAGAAUUUGGGUUGUGGGGUUGCUGGAUAUAGCGAUUUUGAUAAGAGGAUAGUGCUUGUUCAAAGAGAGUAAAGUUAGUAAACUGUGAAUAGAAGAGUAUGGAAGAGAGGAGUUUCUGGCUGUGGAGAAUGGGGUUUUUGGUUUUGGCAUUGGUGGAGAUUUCUUCUGCUACUCUUUCUCCUACUGGUAUAAACUAUGAAGUGGUAGCGUUGGUGAGCAUAAAAAAUGCUUUAUAUGACCCAUACAAUGUUCUGGAGAGUUGGGAUAUCAACUCUGUUGAUCCUUGCAGCUGGAGGAUGGUUACUUGCUCUCCUGAUGGAUAUGUUUCUGCUUUGGGACUUCCCAGUCAGAGUUUGUCUGGGACCUUAUCUCCUUGGAUUGGGAACCUUACUAACUUGCAAUCAGUGUUGUUGCAGAAUAAUGCCAUUUCAGGUCCUAUACCUGCUGCAAUUGGGAGGUUGGAGAAGCUUCAAACACUUGAUCUCUCCAACAAUACAUUCACCGGAGAAAUACCAGCUUCUUUGGGGAAUCUCAAGAACCUGAAUUACCUGCGGUUAAAUAACAAUAGCCUUUUCGGACCAUGCCCUGAGUCACUAUCCAACAUUGAAGGUCUUACACUUGUGGAUCUUUCAUUUAACAAUCUGAGUGGUUCCUUGCCUAAAAUAUCAGCAAGAACUUUCAAAGUUAUAGGCAACCCUUUAAUAUGUGGACCAAAGGUCAAUAGCAGCUGCACUGCUGUCUUUCCAGAGCCUCUUUCUUUCCCACCAGAUGGUCUGAAAGGUCAGUCAGACUCUGGAACCAGUAGCCAUCGAAUGGCUAUUGCUUUUGGUGCAAGCUUUGGUGCUGCUUUUUGCAUCGUAAUUGUUAUUGGGUUACUUGUUUGGUGGCGAUAUAGACGAAAUCAGCAGAUUUUCUUUGAUGUUAAUGAACAAUAUGACGGAGAGGUAUGCUUGGGCCAUUUGAGAAGGUACACAUUUAAGGAGCUCAGGGCUGCAACUGAUCAUUUCAGUUCAAAGAACAUUCUCGGGAGAGGUGGAUUUGGGAUAGUGUACAAGGGAUUUUUGAAUGAUGGAACACUGGUGGCUGUCAAAAGGCUGAAGGACUAUGAUAUAGCUGGUGGUGAAAUCCAAUUCCAGACAGAAGUAGAGACAAUAAGUUUAGCUGUCCAUCGAAAUCUGCUCAGACUCUCUGGGUUCUGCACUACUGAGAAUGAAAGGCUUCUUGUUUACCCCUAUAUGCCAAAUGGAAGUGUAGCAUCUCGAUUAAGAGAUCACAUUCAUGGCCGACCAGCUCUGGACUGGGCAAGGCGAAAGAAGAUAGCUUUAGGUACAGCUAGGGGGCUACUUUAUUUGCAUGAGCAGUGUGACCCCAAAAUUAUUCACCGUGAUGUCAAAGCAGCCAACAUUUUGUUGGAUGAAGACUUUGAGGCUGUUGUUGGUGAUUUUGGGUUGGCAAAGCUUUUGGAUCACAGAGAUUCCCAUGUGACCACGGCUGUGCGUGGCACCGUUGGCCACAUUGCUCCAGAGUACUUGUCAACAGGUCAGUCAUCAGAGAAGACUGAUGUGUUUGGGUUUGGGAUAUUGCUUCUUGAGCUUAUCACAGGUCAGAAAGCAUUGGAUUUUGGAAGGGCAGCUAACCAGAAAGGUGUCAUGCUUGAUAGGGUGAAGAAGCUCCAUCAAGAAGGCAAGUUAAAUCUACUAGUGGAUAAGGAUCUUAAGGGAAAUUUUGACAGGAUUGAAUUGGAAGAAAUGGUUCAAGUUGCUCUUUUAUGCACUCAAUUUAAUCCUUCUCACCGACCAAAGAUGUCUGAAGUACUGAAGAUGUUAGAAGGUGAUGGUUUAGCUGAGAAAUGGGAGGCAUCACAGAAGGUUGAUACCCCAAGGCUGGGAUCAAGAGAAAACCAUCCUCAAAGAUAUUCAGAUUUUAUAGAAGAAUCUUCACUUGUGGUAGAAGCAAUGGAGCUUUCUGGCCCUCGGUGACGAAUCCUUUCACACUUGCUCAUACACCUCCUUAUGUUUAUGAAAAGCAAAGCUCUGAAAUUAGGAAUUAUGUUAUUGGUGUUGAUAUGAUCUGCAGAAUGCAUGUAUUCAUCUGUAAAAAAAAAAAAAAAAAUUGAAAAGGAAAGUCAUGUAUAAGCAUCUUGUUCUUUGUUGGAAAAUCAGUUGAGUUGAUUGCUCUCUCACAAAUUGACUGUCAUAGAAUAUCAGAGUUUUGUAUGUAUUAUUGCA